UACAGAAAGAUUUGUUGCUAUACUUCUCUACCACUGCUUGUGGUAAUAACUGGCAAUCAUAGCCUGGGCUAUUGAAAGAUUUGAUAACUUUUGCUUCGUAUUGCCUUUUUUGUUGUUGCUAUUGAAGAAAACUACAAUUCCCAGCAGUCUUUGCGAGCAGAGCGAGUGGGCAGGGCUAUUUCCUUCCUCAGACACACUUCCUGCCCGGCCCCGGUUUGGAAGGAGCUCGCUGUUGUUUUUACAAGGUGUUUGUAUACCUGGAGCAGAGUGUUGAGCAGCUCUGCUUUCUCUCUGGACUGAAAGCACCUUCCAGAACCGCCAUCCUGGAUUCUCCCUUGGAUCGCGGGGUGCUGAUGGACACCUCGGAGCCCAGCAGCGCAGCUGAGGAAGAGGAGGAGAAAGUGACUGCAGAGCAGCGGCCCAGGACACGUUCGAACCCCGAGGGUGCUGAGGACCGCACCCUGAGUGCUCAGGCUAGCGUCGGGAGCCGCAGUGAAGGAGAGGGGGAAGCAGCCAGUACUGGCGACAGCCCGCAGAGUGCCACGGCCCCAGCAGCCAAUGGCAAGGUUUGGCCCUCCCCAGCACCACCCACAGAGUUUCAGGUCAAGACGCCACGGGUGAACUGCCCCGAGAAAGUGAUCAUCUGCCUGGACCUCUCGGAGGAAAUGUCCCACUCAAAACUGGAGUCGUUUAAUGGGUCCAAAACCAACGCUUUGAACAUCUCCCAGAAGAUGAUAGAGAUGUUUGUCCGGACCAAGCACAAAAUCGAUAAGAGCCACGAGUUUGCUCUGGUGGUAGUCAACAACGAUGUCACCUGGCUUUCUGGUUUCACCUCUGACCCCAGAGAGGUUUGCAGCUGUUUGUACGACCUGGAAACAGUGGUUUGCAAGUCAUUCAAUCUGGAAGGCCUUUUCAACCUCAUACAGCAGAAGACUGAACUCCCCGUGACGGAGAAUGUCCAAACUAUCCCACCGCCUUAUGUGGUCCGGACUAUCUUGGUGUAUAGCCGGCCCACUUGCCAGCCCCAGCUGGCUGUGACAGAUCAGAUGAAGAAAAUGCUGCAAUGCCCCUACUACUUCUUUGAUGUUCUUUACAUCCACAAUGGUGUUGAAGACAAAGAAGAAGAGACCAGCUGGAAGGAAGCCUUUGCCUUCUUCAGCAACCUGGACACCAAAGGCACAAACUACAAGUAUGAAGUGUCUCUGACCGGUCCCGCUGUGGAGUUGCACAACUGCAUGGCCAAACUGCUCGCCCACCCUCUCCAGCGGCCUUUCCAGACCCAUGCUUCCUACAGCAUGCUGGAAGAAGAGGAGACACCGGAAAUGGAAGCUGUUGUGUGACAGAGGGGCCAGGGAAUCAACAGAAGGCUUAGCUAGGGUGGAAUCUCUGUCUCCUUAUGGAAAGCAGAUGUUUCCCCAGCCAAAUCUGCCACCAUGACAGUGGUGCUCCGUGCUGUUCGUUUGGGGCAUAGGUGGGUGGGUGUUUGAGUUAAUUUUUUCCUAUUAAAACAAACUGUAAUGCAGCAAGGAAGCUGCAGUGCUGAUGUGUUGUCAGAGAGCACAGAGCAAAAAUGGUAGAAGUGUUGGAGAAGGUGGUUCUAGAAAGAGAACUUGCAUGGCAAAGAUGGAUUUCUACUAUCCGCUGAUUAAAGAACUUUUGACUGAUUAA